CAGCCCUAAGAGCGGAGCGUGGUUCAGUCUACAGUAUCUGGACCGGACCGAGGCGAGCAAGAAGCACAUCUGAAAGGCGGAGGCAAUGGAGGACAAAGAGAAAAAGAAGAAGGAUAAAAACUCAUCCACGAGCGACAGAGUCACUAAAAAAGAAAUUGGACUUCUGAGCGCUUGCGCUAUUAUCAUUGGCAACAUCAUUGGCUCUGGAAUAUUCAUUUCACCUAAAGGAGUGUUGGAGCAUGCAGGCUCAGUGGGGCUGUCACUCAUCGUCUGGGUUUGUGGAGGGGGGAUCUGUGCCCUUGGGUCUAUGUGCUAUGCUGAACUGGGUGUCACCAUCCCAAAGUCUGGAGGAGACUAUUCAUAUGUGACAGAAAUCUUUGGAGGGCUAGUGGGCUUCCUGUUAUUAUGGAGUGCCGUCCUCAUCAUGUAUCCGACCACGCUGGCUGUCAUAGCGCUCACCUUCUCCAAUUACGUCUUGCAGCCGGCCUUCCCAAAUUGCCUGCCUCCGUUCAUUGCCACCAGACUCCUCGCCACCACCUGUGUCUUAUUCCUGACCUGGGUGAACUGCUCCAGUGUGCGCUGGGCGACAAGGAUCCAGGAUGUUUUCACUGUAGGAAAACUCCUCGCUUUGGCACUAAUUAUAGUGGUCGGACUCGUCCAAAUCUUUAGAGGUCACUAUGAUGCCCUGCGGCCCAGUGUGGCCUUUGAAUUCAGUCAGGACCCCUCGGUGGGACAGAUAGCGCUGGCCUUCCUUCAGGCCUCUUUUGCCUAUAGUGGCUGGAAUUUCCUCAACUAUGUCACUGAGGAGGUCGUUGAGCCACGCAAGAACUUGCCCCGUGCCAUCUACAUUUCCAUACCACUGGUGACCCUUGUCUACACUAUGACCAACAUUGCCUACUUCUCAUCCAUGACACCUGAGGAGCUGCUGGCCUCCAACGCUGUGGCAGUGACAUUCGGGGAAAAGCUGCUGGGGAUGUUUUCCUGGGUGAUGCCAAUCUCUGUAGCACUGUCCACUUUCGGAGGAAUCAAUGGAUAUCUGUUCACCUCCUCCAGAUUGUGUUUCUCGGGAGCCAGAGAGGGCCACCUGCCCUAUCUGCUGGCUAUGAUCCACCUAAAGAACUGCACUCCAAUCCCCGCCCUGCUGCUCUGCUGCAUUGCCACCAUAUUCAUCCUGUGCAUUGGAGAGACACACAACCUGAUCAACUAUGUGUCCUUUAUCAACUAUCUGUCCUAUGGGGUAACCAUUGCCGGCCUCAUGUACCUCCGCAAGACGAGACCCAACCUGGCCAGACCCAUCAAGGUAAACUUGUUGGUCCCCAUCAGCUACAUGAUAUUUUGGGCUGUGUUGCUGGGCUUCAGUCUGUACUCUGAACCAGUGGUAUGUGGCCUGGGAAUGGUCAUCAUGCUGACUGGAGUCCCUGUAUACUUUGUGGGUGUUCAGUGGAAGGACAAACCUAAAUGGGUCUACAGGCUAGUCGAAAGAGUCACAUACGUGGGCCAGAAGGUGUGCUAUGUGGUGUUUCCUCAGGAAGACCCUUCAGAGACUGAACCCCUCACUGCCUCCAAAGCCACUGACUGAGCAGUGCAGUCAGCCAGGAAUUCCGUUACUACAUCAACACCUGUACUUCCAGUUUUUGUGUUACAGUUUUUCCCCAUUGUUUGCUCAUUUUGAGAAUGUUGAAGAGAUGGUUUCGUCCGUGUUCUUGCACAGGUGCAGCCUGAGUGGAGCUGCAAUGAAGUUCCAGUAUAAAAGAAGCGGAUGGUUGUUACUUAGGGCGUUGCACAUUGAGCCCUAAAGCUGCAGAAUGUGGUUUUGUUUGGCGGUACUGCCGCCCCAUUCUCCGCACCAGUAUGGCGUCUUUCAUACAGAUGUUUAUCUCAUCUUCUCCAUUCAUCUCCAUCUGCCAUCUUCUGUUUUACUUCCAAGAUGUUCUUUUUUAUCACUUUAACUAAGUCCUUGUGCUAAUGUGCCUUAUGAAAUGUGUUGGUAUAGUGUAUUGGUUUGUGCGGGUAUUUUGAUUGUGUAAUAACUUUUAUGAGGUAAAUAUGCAAGCAGUUUCUGCACUUAGCAAUACUUACUGCUAUUCUGUUCUAUUACUGCUGCAACUUCCAGCUCUAUUUCACUUAUUACUCACAUGGUGUUUACUGUUUGUCAACUGUGGAUGAGUAUUUUUUCUGUCUAUAUUUCUGCCAGACUACAGUAUCUGGCCAUUCCUUCUUUACACCCCCUGUUCUCGCCACACUACAUCACUACUCUAUCCUGAGAGAUUCUGUAGGUGCCUCAUAAUAAUAUUAUUGUUAUUAUUAUUAGAGAGAUGAUCUACACGACAAACAUCUUCCGCAGCAAUAUUUACAGCCCAGGAGCGACAGGAGGAUGACAUGGAGUUUGUGGCUGUCAGCUGGAAGAAUGGCCGACUCUCAGAAAUGAAUAAGUUGCAUCAUUACAACACAUGUUAACAGGCUGUUCUUCCAGGUUUUUAAUGUUCACCUGUCUCCUCCUCUGGUCUCUGAGUCGGAAAUCUCAAGCCUCUGUUGAUCAUGUUGCAUUGGAAAUGUUCUCAUCUCUGCCACUGUGAACUCCUACAAGGUGCUUGAAUUGCCAAGACAGUUUAUUAGAUUUCAGAUUUCUCACCUGAUGUUGUGAUACAGCACUUAACAUUAGCAGAAUCCAUAUUGACAGAUAGAUGGGUUGCUGGCAGUGGAUGUUUACUUGUGCAUGGACCUUCACCCACUUCCCCAAAGACACAUCAUCACAAUUCCCCCUGGCCCACUGACUUUUUAUAGAUCAACUGACUUACUGAUACUACUGACAUCACAGUAUAAUAAUCUAAUUGAUUAUAGUCACAUUGACCUACUAUGACCAUUUUGACUCAACAUAUUGACAUAUUAUGGCUCAAUUAAAAUACUAAGGUGCCCACAAAAUAUUAUAGUUGAAUUUUUACUGUGGUCUAUGAGAUAUUGGUGUUAACGUGUAUUUGGGUGAUCUCUUAUAGCACAUGUCUAUAAGCUGUUUAUGUAUGUAAAUACAACAGAAGAUAUGAAGGUUUGGCCCAGUGGCCUUUUUAUCAUGAUGUUAACCAGUAGGUUGGAACUUGGAUUCAACAUUUGGCCCUUUUCCAGCCCAGCAGGUGCUGGGAAUUUCCCCCUGCAUCAAAUCUAUUAAAAGAGACUCGCAGUUAUGACGACAUGUAUGUCUUGUCUGCCAUGCUGAGGCGCUGUUAGUUCAGUUGAGAUCUGUAAAUACUGUGUAAAGUUAAAAAAGCUGUUACAAAUGCGCCAGGGACUCCUACAGAGAUCACAUUCCUCAGACGUGUCAUACAGUCAUAUACUGUACAACUGGUGGGUGUAUGUUUUGUAAAAGAGUGUGAAGUUGUACAAGAAUAACAAUGUAACUUAAUUGCUUAUUAAAUAUAGCAACUUCUAAGACUUAUGUUUUC